AUGGGUAAGACGCGGCGGCGAAGCGGCGGCGAAGCGGCGGGCGGGGGGCGGCGGGCCGGCCGGAGCGGGGCUUGGGGGGCUGGAGCCGGGCGCCUGCGGGGCGCUCGGGGGCUGGCGCGGAGUCGCCCCGAGCCUCUGGCCGGCCCCCUGCUCUCGACUGCGGGGCGGAGGGCGAGCGGGGCGGGCGAUCCCGACCUCCGGCAGAGCCGCGACAGGACGGCCGGACGGCCGGACGAGCUCUCCGGAGAUCGUCGGGCGGCUCCCGCGUCCAGCCGGGCAGAGAAGCCUCCGCUGCCCCAGAGCGAGCAGAGCUACGGCGAGGUGAACCAGCUGGGCGGGGUGUUCGUCAACGGGCGGCCGCUGCCCAACGCCGUGCGGCUGCGGAUCGUGGAGCUGGCGCAGCUGGGCAUCCGGCCCUGCGACAUCAGCCGGCAGCUGCGCGUCUCGCACGGCUGCGUGAGUAAGAUCCUGGCCCGCUACCACGAGACGGGCUCCAUCCUGCCCGGCGCCAUCGGGGGCAGCAAACCGCGCGUCACCACCCCCACCGUGGUCCAGCACAUCCGCGACUACAAGCAGGGCGACCCGGGCAUCUUCGCCUGGGAGAUCCGCGACCGCCUGCUGGCCGACGGCGUCUGCGACAAGUACAACGUGCCCUCCGUCAGCUCCAUCAGCAGGAUCCUGCGCAACAAGAUCGGCAGCCUCUCGCAGCCCGCCGCCGCCGCCGGAGGGGGCCUCCUCUACGAGGGCGGCGGCGGCGGAGGAGCGGGGGGCAAGCCGCCGGCCCCGCAGCCCGCCCUGCCCUACAGCCACAUCUACCAGUACCCCUACCCCGGCGCCGUGGCCGCCGCAGGCGCCAAGCUGGGGAGCCACCCCGGGGCGCCGGUCUCCGCGGCCCACGUCAGCCUGCCUCGCUCCUGGCCCUCCGCCCACUCGGUCAGCAACAUCCUGGGCAUCCGCGCCUUCGUGGAGCAAAGCGGGGCUCUAGCCGGGCCGGAGAGCUCUUCCUACUCUCCCAAAAUGGAAGAGUGGCCGAGCGUGAACAGGACCGCCUUCCCCGCCGCCGGACAAGGCGUCAACGCGCUGGACAAGGCAGCGGCGGAGACGGACAUUAAAUACCCCCAGGCUCCACCCGGGCUCUCGGCCGUGAGCACCUUCCUGCCCCCCUGCGCCUACCCGACCUCCACCCAGGCCGGCGUCUACGGCGGGCCCGCCGGCGGUUACCUGAGCCCGGCCCAUCACUGGCAGACGCAAGGCAGCCCCCUGGCUCACCACCACGGGCCCGGCAUGGCGCUCCACGGGGCAGAGCUGACCACCCCCGCCGCCUUCAAGCACCCCUCCCGAGAAGCCGCCGGCAGAAAACCAGCCGCCAGCCCGGCGGGAGGCAAGGCGCCAGCAGAGGCCCUGGCCGGCAUCCACGGACUUUCUAUCCCGGCCUCCUCGUCCUAG